AUGUCUGAAGUUGUCCAAGAUUUCUCUCCUUUAAUUCGUAUACACAAAGAUGGCCACAUAGAGAGACUUUUGGGGACAAGUAUUGUCCCUCCUGGUGAUCCAAAUUUCAAUGUGCUGUCCAAAGAUGUUGUCUACUCACCUGAACCAAAUCUAUCUUGUAGACUUUACCUUCCCAAAAAAACAAAUCCUAACCAGAAACUCCCUCUCCUAGUUUACAUUCACGGUGGAGGCUUCCUGAUAGAAACUGCCUUCUCUCCUACUUACCAUAGCUACCUUAAUACCUUAGUUGCUGAGGCUAAUGUUAUAGCAGUCUCUGUGGACUAUAGAAGAGCGCCAGAGCAUCCUCUUCCUAUAGCAUUCGAUGAUUCAUGGACUGCCCUUAAAUGGGUUGCGUCUCAUGUUAAUGGAGAUGGGCCUGAAGAGUGGCUAAACUCUCAUGCUGAUUUUAGGAAAGUGUUUUUUGCUGGAGAUAGUGCUGGUGCUACUAUCACCCACCAGAUGGCCAUAAGACACGGCAAAGAUAAAUUAGUUGGAGUUGGCGUUGCUGGGAUUGUUUUGGUACAUCCAUACUUUUGGGGCAAAGAGCCUAUUGGUAAUGAACCCAAGGAAUCAGAGAGGGCAUUUAUUGAGGGUCUGUGGCAUCUGGCAUGUCCUACAUCAAGUGGGUGUGAUGACCCUUUAUUGAAUCCACUUGUUGAUCCAAACUUGGCUAGCUUGGGGUGCACCAAGGUGCUUGUUACCAUCGCUGAGAAGGAUAGAUUGAGAGAUAGGGGAUGGCACUAUUAUGAGAAGUUGAAACAAUGUGGAUGGAGUGGAGAAGUGGAGAUUAUGGAGUCCAAAGGAGAGAUUCACGUGUUCCAUUUUCUCUUUCCUUCAAGCGAGAAUGCUGAGGCUAUGCUCAGAAAAAUUGUUUCAUUCCUGAAUCGGGAGAGGGCCUAG